CCGUGUAGGGGGCUGCUAAGGCAAACUCCCGAAACAUCUGAAUGGUCUUGUAAUUUGUAAACAUGUCCGACACAAAAAUGGAAGUUGAUGAACAACCCGGCCCAAGUUCUUCCGCUAAAACAACAACUUCAACGUCCAAAAGCUCUCACACGCCAUGGAUAGAGAAGUACCGCCCUAUAGUCUUCACAGAUAUAGUUGGCAAUGAAGAGACUGUGGCCCGACUUGAGGUUUUUGCAAAGCAGGGAAAUGUACCAAAUAUUAUAAUAGCGGGUCCACCAGGUGUUGGUAAAACUACGACAAUCCUGUGUCUUGCUCGUGCCCUGUUAGGUGCUACCUUCAAGGAUGCUGUUUUAGAAUUAAAUGCUUCAAAUGACCGAGGUAUAGAUGUUGUGAGAAACAAGAUCAAGAUGUUUGCACAGCAAAAAGUUACCUUGCCCAAAGGACGUCACAAAAUCAUUAUUCUAGAUGAAGCAGACAGCAUGACAGAAGGAGCCCAGCAAGCUUUAAGAAGAACAAUGGAGUUAUACUCAUCUACAACCCGAUUUGCUCUUGCAUGUAAUUCUUCUGAGAAGAUCAUUGAACCUAUUCAGUCACGUUGCGCUAUGUUGCGGUACUCCAAAUUAAGUGAUGCACAGAUUCUUUCAAAAGUGCUACAAGUUUGCAGUAAAGAAGAUGUGAGCUAUACAGAAGAUGGUAUUGAGGCCAUUGUCUUUACAGCCCAAGGUGAUAUGAGACAAGCUCUAAACAAUCUUCAGUCUACAGCCCAAGGUCUUGGUCACGUGUCUUCUGAAAAUGUAUUCAAGGUUUGUGAUGAACCUCAUCCCUUAUUAGUUAAAGAAAUGCUCCUACAUUGUGUAAAGACGGACUUUGAUGAUGCUUACAAGGUAUUAGCUCACCUUUGGAAAAUGGGCUACGCUUCAGAGGACAUCAUCAGUAAUAUUUUCCGUGUAUGCAAACAUACACCUAUGGCAGAGUUCUUGAAACUGGAAUUUAUAAAGGAAAUUGGCUACACCCAUCUUCGUAUCAUCCAAGGAACGUCUUCAUUACUGCAAUUAUCAGGGCUUUUAGCCAGAUUGUGCUCAAAGUCCCUUGAUAGCUCAAAAAGCAUAUCUUAAAAUUUUUAACAAUGUGGGUUUAUGGAAAGAGGAAUUUAAUUCCUUCACUCUUAAGUUGUAUCUUUUAACAUAUUCUGAGAUCUAUUAGGGACAAACUUGUAAUAUUUUGUAUCUUUGCUACUACAUAUAAGCAUUAAGUAAUAAUAAUGAAAAUCAAUGACAAUUUA